UCAGUUGUUUUACUUUCACUGCAAGGUUUAUCGAUUUAUAUAAACCCUUAGCCUUGGUUUCACCGGAAGGCGGAGGCGGCCACACAACGACCAUUAUCUGUUGCACCGGAACGUGUUAUAAAAACUAAUCAACUGAGUGAGAUUCAUCGCGUUUAAUUUGAAUUUAUUAGACGCCUUUUGAACAGUUUCCUGUAUCCCAUCAAGAUCCAUUCUGUCACAGCAUCACGAUUAACAAACCACAGACGAAAGACCGACUUUCACGAAUUUCUAGCUGGUAUAAAAAUAUCAAUUUAUAUCAUUUAUCAUAUCACAUUGGAAGAUAUUCAAAAAUCUCAUCUGAAUAUUUUAUAAAAUCCAUUUCUAAGAAAUAAAAAAGAAUAAAUCAAAGUGAACAUUUAGCUACAACGUUGAAGUCACACAUUUUCCAAUAUGUCUCAUACUGAAAAUUCUAACAGUCAACUCAUGGUAAAAAACAAUGUUGAAUCAAAUCCAUCUAAACCAAUUCAAUCUACACAAGUUACAACUGCUCCUGAUAAUACAGCCGAUACUACUGAUUCAACUCGUUCGUGUACACAAAUCAACAAUACUACAUCUACCGCAUCACAUUUCCAACCUUAUUCAGUAACAGCCGUAGAAAUUUUCAACCCUGGUGCUAAAAAUAUAAUGGUACCUAUUAUUCCACCUGAGUUUAGUGAUGGAAACAUUGCAGAAAUAUUGAAUGACCUCCACGAAAUUGCAGAUCUACCUGUUUCAUCACAUUCCUCUAAUGAAUUAAGUCCUAAUCCAGGAAACUCAGUAAAUGGAACCAAUUCAUCAGUAAAUGAACCUAAAUCACUUAAAGUUACUAUUCGUACAAGAAAUAAUCCUGAUCAUCACGUGGUUCUCUCAGAUCCUAAUAUUAUCCAAAUGCAUAAGAGUUUACAAAGAUAUAUUUUGAAAAUACAAUCAAGAGAGCAAGUUAUAGGCAAUUCGGGUUUGGCUAAACGAAUUGAUGAGUACAUGUAUGUCUUAAGAAACACUAUAUUGUUGACAGAUAUCAGUUCUGAGAGUAUUUCAAAACUCAUACUUGAAUCAAUUCCCACGUCGCUCUGUGUUGAUCAUACUUUUAAUCCUCUACUUGAUUAUACAUUUGACCCAGUACCAGUAGAAAUAAUUCAACGCAUACAAAACGGUCAUGCCAUUAAAGAAUUGACAUACUGUGUAGUAUGUUUGGAAGACAACAAAGCUGGUAUUUUAUUAGAACCAUGUAAACAUUACAAUAUGUGUUCAAAUUGCUUUCAAAGGCUGGCAACAUGGAAAUGUCCAAUAUGUAGAACUCCUAUAGCAAAUAUCAAAGUUUAUAUCUAAAUAUGAGACAUAAAUAUAUUAUAAACUACGGACUAUUGGUAACUUAAAAUAAUACUUGACAACACAAGGUUUUCUCCUAAUAUUUACUUUUGAAAUAAUUUAUGAAUGAAUAAUACAUUAAAAAUAUAUUUUUUUUCCAAUACAAUACGGACCACCAAUAGUCUUUUAAGUGUGAACCAGACGUUAAGAGGUCUUGGUAACACUACGUGCCAAAAAUUUGUCUUUUUUUUAAAGCGUUCCAUGUGAACAAUAUUAUAAAAAAAAUGUGUUUAAAUAUGUUAACCUAUUACCUAUAAUAUUAUUUAGUAUAUUAUAAUAAAAAUCUUCGCGUGCCCACAAAAUAUUUUUGCGUGCCAUGGGUUUGCCAUCCCUGAUAUAGAUUUUAAAUAUUCAGUUUUCAGAAAAAUAUAAAUAAUUGUUUUUUUGACAAAUUUAGCUAAUUGUUUUUCAAUUUAACUUAUAAUUUUUACAAGUUUAAAUAAUUAGUCAAUUUUCUAGACUUAAUUUAUAAUAUAAAAAUAAGUUAUUUGCCAAUAAUGUUUACCUUAAGUACUAAAGAGAAAAUUACUCUGCUAGUAUUAUUCUCUACAACUUAUUGUUUUUAAUUUUUUAAUAAUAUAUAAUGUGUUUUAAAAUUGAUGUUUGUAUUGUAUGUUACAGUCAAAAUGUAAUGCUCUCAUUACUAUAGGUGUUUUUUUUCUCCUAGACGUUAUGUAGGUUAUUAAUAAUAACCACAAUAAUAACUUAUUAUUAUGAUUAUUAUUAUUUUAGAUAUUCUUACCUACUUUAAAUGUAUGACUAAUUAUAACAUUUUUUUAAUUUGCCAACGUUCAAGUUCUUUUAUAAUUAUUAUAAGCCGAACUUAUGGAAAAUCUUGUAUUAAAUUUCCAAUUCUUGGCUACUGAUACGAAUUUUUUUAUACACUUUAAGUACAAAAUAAUUUGUAAAUAUUCAUGAUUUUUACAACCUUUGUCAAUAUUUGAACUUCA